GCUUACCUGUCGAAAAUAAAUAUUUUUGUAUUUUCAUAUAAAUGUUGAUUAUUAAUUAAGAAAAUGGUUGAUUUGGGGAUUUAAUACGUAGAUAAUAAUUUGGCAAGAAGACGGAUUAAAUGAUGUUGGAUUUGGAGAAAUGGAUGACGAUUCUAGAAGUAAAAAGAAGCCAUUUUACGGAGCAUUGAAAUCGGCUGGUCGUGGACCGCACUCAGAUUCCAGAAUGUAUGACAGAGACAGACGGCAAUUAAAAGCUUAUGAUUUAAAACAACCUGAUUAUAAUAUUAAACCUCAGUACUUAAUAGAUGAUAAUGUGGAAAAAUAUGUCUACUUUGCGGGAGUGAUUAAUGAUAUCGCUCCUCACACAGAUAUCACAAACAGAACAGACGUCUUACGCAUAAUUGACAAAGGAAAACAACAAGGCAGUAUCGUGUUGCAUAGCACAAGAGAUAAACUUGCUGUGUUUAGUCUCAGUGUAAAUAAUGUUAAACUUAUUCCUUGCAGUAGUGAAGACCUACCAAUUUAUUUACGGAUUCCAAUGCAAGAAAUUGCUGCUAUUUGUUACAUCAAGGAUGAUGGACAGCAUAUCCUUGCAAUAAAACAUGGGUCGACAGAGUUAUGCCACUUGGCUGUUUUGUAUUGUGAAUCUAAACCUGCUGCAGAGGAGAUUUGUGCCUUGGUUGACCAGUGCUUUCAACUGAUUUACAUGGAUGCUGUGUUUAAUAUUAUCGAUACAUCGAACGCUGGGGAUAGUUCCCACAGUGAUUCAACGGGUUCUGCCAAUCAACUUCAACCUUCAUUUAUCACAACCUCACUACAGGAAUUAAACAUUUCAAGUCGUCAAUCAUCUAUUAGACGAGUUGGGCGUCGAAUUCCUAGCGAACCGAGUACAAGGGAUAGCGAUGGGAGUAUUUCUAAUGAGGAACUUUGCCGUGACUACAUGAUCAAACUGCAUCAGAAGCUAAAUGCAGAAGAACUGAGGACUUUUGCUUCGCUGCUACCAGAACUUUCAUCAAAAACUCAUUUUGGAGAAUUUUGUGAGAAAGUUUUAGAACUUUAUGGACCAGAGAGAAAAUAUCUUCUUUCUGAAAUGAGUCCAUUUAUUCCUUCAGAUAAUUAUCCACAAUUCGAAGAUUUUUUACGGAGAAAUGGGCUUGCAUUACCAGAUAGUGGAACAUUAUCUAGUACUCACAGUAAUCCUGUGAUUUAUUCGCGAUCUGUAAGCGACAUCUCAGGUAGUACAAUUGCUAAUGGAAACGAGAGUUUGGAGCAUAUUAUGCGAAUCAUGUCAGAUGUCCAUCGUAUGGAUGAAAGUAACGACGUUGAUAUAAAUCCAGAUCAUUUCAUGCCUGGUAUUGAUUAUAAUUAAAUUAUUACAGGAUCUACAUGUACAUGUAUCAUGUAAUAAUUAAGGCCAUAUUAAAAAAAAAAUAUGGUUCUCAGAUAAUCCUGUGUCAUAAACAAUACAUCAAAAUCUUUUUAUUUUUCCAAAAAAUAAAAUAAUCUCAUUAAUUAACGUACAGUAAUCUUUUAUCCUGAUUAUAGGAAAUAGCUCUGUAAAAAAUUUGAAUGAGUCCAGAAAUGUGGCAUAGGCUCAUUUAUCAAGUACUCAACACUGAUAAAUAUUAAGUACUGACAAACUUAAAUGAUACUGGAUAAUCAUACAUUCCUCUAAGCAACAUGAUAAGAUACAUGUAUAUGUAGUACCUUGAAAUUUGAUGUUGAUGAGAAGUUAUGUACAUGUAGCCUUGACAAAAUAAAAACACAAAAAUAAAUACCUCCCUCUCGCAUUAGAUUUUUGGUAAGGAUUGUCUGAGAACCAAAAUAUUUAUUUUGUACGGCCUAAAUGUAAAUGAAUGGGCUAUAUAAUAAAUAUACUGCUAAGUUAAUAUUCAUUUGUGCUUACAAAAAAAAUGAUAUGCUGUAAAAUAACAUUACUAAUUAAUGAAGUACGUGUAUAUUUAGAAUUUUUGUUUUUCUAUAUACAAAAUAAUCACAGUAUGGUAUAUAUGUUUGUUCACUUUGGAAUAUUACAAUACAUAACUGAGGUACUGUAAUUUGUUUUGUACAUUGUAUAUUUUGUUUUAUUCUUAUAAUUUUAUAAAAUCAUCAUAUAUUGUCACUAACAGUGCUUUGUUUUCUGUUAUUUAAAUAUACAUGUACACAUACUAUUUGAAAUAAAAUGAGUUACUGCACAUGUAUAUUAUUAUUAUUAACUAUUUUAUGAUAAAUUUUUAUUGUUUCAAAGUGCUGAUUGAAAGGGCAUAAUAAUUCAUUUGUAAUAUUUUUAAAAUUUAUAUAAAAAGAGUAUAUUUUUUAGCUUAUGAUAUAUUUUAUUAUUGUACUGUAUAUUAUAACUAUGUGCCAUACUUGCAAUAUUAUUUUAGGAUAUAGGAGCUCCAGAAAAAUUACAUGGAGGGUAUAGCUAUGACUAAUGCUGCCCCAUCCUACCUUUUGUGAAUUUAGGACCACAAUUUUUUUUUUCCUAUGGCUUUUAGAAAUAUAAUGUACAUGUAUCAUUUUUAGCCAUAUGGGCCAACAACCCCAAGGAUUAUGUCAUCACAUUUGGAUUAUUUUCCAUUUUUUCCAUUCAUAGAAAUUUCCCCACUUAAAAUCACAUGAAAAUUGGUCUUGAGAGUCUCAAGUCGAGACCCAGAAAUGUCCCCUCUUAAAAACACUUGAAAAUGGGUCUCAAGUUGAGACCCAGAGAACGAGAAAUUUCCCCACUUAAAAACAUUUGAAAAUGGGUCUCAAGAAAUUUCCCCACUUAAAAUAGUUGGAAAAAAAAACCCAUUUAACUACAGAAUAUAUUCUACAUGCCCAUGUUUUAGACAUGUUCGGCCUUUCAUCUGAUUGGUAAUUAUUCGUGUAAUGUUAUCUUAAUUUAAAUAGAAAAUAUAACAGUGUAUGUAAAACCAAUCAAAUAUAUUUCAGUGUUUUGAUGAUUUGUAUCCCUAAAACUUGUUGCAGAGAUUUGAUACUCUUCAAGGCUUAGCUGAUCAGGUGCAGAGAACAUGGCAUCAAUAACAAAUUUAUUUGAACACUUUUACUAAAGAUCAUAUUUAGAGUGGUUGAUUUAUUUAUAAUUUCGUCAUUGGUGUUGGAUUUUUUUGGUAUAUUUUCAUAAUAAAUAUUCACAAAAUGACAUUAGUAGAAGGUAGUAAUUAUUAUUUAUUUUAUGUAAUCAUAAUUAAUUAUCAUGCCGCAAAGUUAAAUUUCUGGGUUGACAUUGUUCAAGACAUAUAUACAUGCAAUUAUAUAUGUAACAACUGCAUUAUGUGACCCAAUCAUUUAAUGAAUAUAUUUAUAGCUAACUAAAGGGUGUGGUUUUAUUACUCAUGUUCAAUUAAUCAACCGUAACUAAUACAGUCUGUAAUUAGUUAUGGAUAUCUUAAUUAAAACUCAGCAAAUUAAGACAUAAUUCAUUGGUGUGCUUACAUGUAUACAUGUACGUGUAUGCUGUUAGUAUUUAUUAAUGUUGUUAGUAUAUUUGUUAAUGUCAUCUGUAAGAAGUAUAUAUACAAGGGUGUAAUGUUGUUGCAUACCAUAUUGAUGGUAAAAUUAUUUAUUUAACCAAGUUACUCAUUUAGAAAGUUUGAAACCACCCAGACAUUCUUAGCACUGCACUGACAGAAGUCACAGAUGUGCUCUAUAUUAUGAAAAUCAUAAGAAACAAAUUUUCACCUAAAUUGAAUGUUGGAAGUUGAAGAUUAGUAUUAAAAUAGUUUCCACAAUGUUUAACCUGUCCUUACGUAUAAAUCAUUAACGGUAUUGUAUCAAGGACUAGUGUUGAUGACUGUUUCCCUCAUACCCUCACAGUCGGCUUGUUAAAUGAAAUGGAUAUUACCGGUACUUCAGUUUGGGCAUGAGUCGCAUGACUGAAACUAUUUCAAUACCAUAUAAUAAAUGAAAUAUUUACAAUGUCUGAAACUAUUUCAAUACUGUAAAUAUAAUAAAUAAAAUAUUUACAAUGGCUAAGGUUCUCCUUUAAGUACCCCUGGUGAUAUGCAUGUAGAAUUGAAUAUUGUAAGUUGUGGGUUGAAUAUUUCACUUACAAUAUAGUUUUACUUAAUAUUUAGUGUAAAAACUUAUUAGACAGAUUAUCUUGUUGACUAAUGAUCAAGUUAGCACCACAGAUGUUUGUAAGAUGGAAAAUGUAUUUUAAAAAAAAAACAACAUUAAGUUGAGGAUAAUUAUUGGGCCCAAAGUCUAUUACCGGUAGGUUCAGAUUCAUAUUUGCGAUAUUGUUAGGCAAUUCAGUCUACAACGGUCAUAAAAAUAUGAUGGAUUGAUUUUCAAACAAUAGCUAUUAGUGGAUAUUAAGACUGGUUGACGGAAAGUAAAGCACUUUCUGCCAAUGAAAUCAUCUGUUCUAUGAAGGUGGUUCAAUGUACCAGUCGUGACCAUUGAUCCCUUCUUUGUUAAACCUAAAAAUGAUGCCUUUACAGCUAAAACCAUGGAAUUAAGUACAAUGUCAAUGAUCCUAGAGUAAAACUUAUUUGUUCAGGUGGAGAUGAUAUUGUAGAAAAUUAAAGAAAAAUGGAGAUGGUAUUAUCUUGUUUCCUACCAUUAGUAAUUAUUGUCCCUGAAUUUGAUUAUCUCGCCUAUAGAAACAUAAAAGACAUUAGGCCUAAUACUUAUGUAGCCUCAGCUUAAUGUUAUUUUUGAAAGAGAUUCUACAAGCACUUAUGGUUGUCACUUAUGCUAAUCUUUAGCUUUCUUCAUAAUUAACACAAUGUAAUUGCCUUAUGUUAUAUUUAAAAAGUAAAUUUAUAUCAAAUUUUGUUAUUGUUUUGGGAUAUUUUAAGGUUAGAAUUAGAAAUAAAAAUAUUGCUUUUAAAAUUUGGAUUGUAAGUUUUGCUUAAUAAACAUUUAUACCAUA